AUGGAGGACCAGCCGCAACCUGAUCAGGCCCCAAAGGCUAGACGCCUGCGUCAGAAGGAGCUCGAGGAGCUUCGCGACAAGCACCAGAGCGGCGAGGACAAGCUGAUCCCCAUCUGGCAGAAAGCCGGCCCCAAAGAGCCGCUGACUCCUUUCGUGGACGCCUUCUCCCGUACCGCCCUGGCAACUUUCAGCCCCGUCUGGAAGAAGAAGCUCGACAUAAACCCCGAGUUCCUUGUGCUCGACGGACCGUACCUGGGCGUUUACAAGCUGAUCCUGGACUGGAUCAAGCUGUGCAUUGACGAGGGAAAUGAUGUCAAGUUUCCCGACAUCGAGGAGCCCGAGACCAAGUCCAAGGAGAGUGUGCAUGAGUACGAGCGCUCGCACCAGCUCCACGUCCUGCUUCAGGUCAUCGCCGCGGCGAACUACCUGCAAAUCCCCGAGGGUUCCCUUCAGAACGGCCUGAAGAAGCGCACCCCCGGAACCGCCCGCAAGCACAUCAUAAACCUUGGCUUUGUCGAGCGUAUCUACAGCAACGAGAAUGACGACGACCUCACCAGUGACCUGCGAGAGGCCGCCGCCAUUUCCAUCUUCGAGGCCUGGUGGACCUACAAGCUCGACACUCCCGAGUACGACCAGUACGUUUCUUGGCUCGAGCAGAUGCGUAUCGACUACCCCCAGCUGGACGAGGACCUGCACGAGCAGUUCAACAAGAAGAAGGAGUUCAUUGAGGGCAAGCGCGAGGAGCGAAAGCGCGCGCGCGAUGCCGAGUUCUCUGCUCCUCCCGUCGACACUGGCUUCGACAACCCGGAUGCCCCUAUCGACGGUGGCUGGGACUCUGUGGAUGGCACUGGUGACGCUGGUGACGGAUGGAACCAGGCUGCCGCGAUGGUGUCCAACGAAGGCGGUGCCGGUGCCGACUGGGACAAGACCACCGAGGAGGCGCCUUCUUGGGCCGCUCCCUCUAACAGCAUGUGGUAG